AUGCUCACUCGCCUAAGUCAAUUGGCCCGCCAUCUCUCUCGUCCAUUGCCCAGUUUCGCCCUUCCCUCUGUUGUCUCUGCUGCUGCCACGGCACCGCGUUCGGCUUCGCGACUCUCCGACAUGACAUCAUCCGCGACGGCGCUGGCGAACAGCGCAAAGACGAUACACACGGCGGCGUGUCUGAUCAUUGGAGAUGAGGUGCUUGGAGGGAAGACAAUCGACACCAACUCGGCCUACUUCGCCAAAUGGUGCUUCUCGCUGGGCAUCCAGCUCAAGCGCGUCGAGGUGAUCGCGGACGACGAGGAGGAGAUCGCCGAGGCCGUGCGGCGCAUGAGCAGCUACUACGACCUGGUCGUGACGAGCGGCGGCAUCGGCCCGACGCACGACGACAUCACGUACCCGUCGAUCGCGAAAGCCUUCGGCCUGAAGCUGAAGCUGCACGAGGCGGCGUUCGAGCGCAUGAAGCGCAUGUCCAGGCCGCACCCGGGGCACCCCGAUUUCGACUGGGACACGCCAUCGCCGACGCUGAACGCGCGCCUGCGCAUGGUCCAGCUCCCCUACGACGAGAACCUGCCCGAGGAGAAGCAGAGCGUCUUCGUGGCGGAUGACUCGUGGGUGCCGAUUGCGAUCGUCAAUGGGAACGUCUACAUCCUGCCGGGCGUGCCCCGGCUGUUCGAGAAGCUGCUCGAGGGGCUGAAGCUGGUGCUGCUGCCGCGCCUGGCGGAUCCCAAGGGCAACGGCCUCUACCGGAUCCUCAUCAGCACGCCUCUGCCCGAGAGCGCCGUGGCGCCGUACCUGACGGAUCUGGCGCUGCGCGUGCUUCCGCACGGCGUCAAGGUCGGCAGUUACCCGCGCUGGGGGAAGAGGCGCAACACCGUGACGUUGGUCGGGAACAACAGGGAGUACAUGGAGUCGCUGGUCCCGGAGGUGGAGAAGAAUGUCGCGGGGAGACGAGUGUCGAGGGAGGAUGAGCUCGAUCCUCCGUCUGACGAGGAGACCAAGCAAUAG